AUGGUUGGUCGUGUGUUGCAUGCUGCUGCUCAAGACUUGUCGCGUCUCCUGGUCCUAGUGACCGGAGCCGCGGGCUUCAUUGGAAUGAAUCUGAUACAAGGGAUGAUCCUGCCAAAGGCAAGCGGAGGAGGAGGGUUGUCGCCGAAGCAGGUGGUGGGGAUAGACAGCCUGAACACGUACUACAGCAAGACGCUCAAGGUGGCACGGAAGGAGAUCCUGGAGCAAGGGGGGAUCAUAGUCCACCAUGGCAACCUCUGCGACGAGGAGCUGCUUCAGCGCAUCUUCUCGAGCAGCAACUUCACGCAUGUUGUACAUCUUGCAGCUCAGGCUGGGGUUCGCUACGCCUACUACAAGCCCUACGAGUACGUCAGCAACAACUUCGACUGCUUCGCCGUCCUGCUUGAGACCAUUCGCAAGCAGUGCCCCAAGUGCUACCUCGUGUACGCCUCCUCCAGCAGCGUCUACGGGCUGAACAGAAAGAAACCUUUCUCCGAGAGCGACCGGACGGACAUGCCAGCUGGGUUCUACGGAGCCACAAAGAAGAGCAACGAGCUCCUGGCCUUCUCCUACUACAACACCUAUUGCCUACACUCCACCGCCCUUCGGAUCUUCACAGUGUACGGCAGAUGGAAUCGACCGGACAUGGCAGCUUACAUGUUCACUCACAACAUUGACAAGGGGCUGCCCAUCAAGCUGUAUGAAGGAGGGAGGAUGGCAAGGGACUUCACCUUCAUCGACGACAUCGUCUCAGGCAUCCUGUCCGCCUGCCAGUUCAGGAGCCACCGAGACGCUAACGGCUGUUUCCGGCCAGAGACUUUCAACCUGGGCAACAGCCAUCCUGUGCCCGUCCGCGACUUUAUCCGCUUCCUAGAGGUGAUUCUGGGCAAGAACGCGACGCUGGUUGACGCAGGUUCCAGUCCCAGCGAGGUAGAGGAGACGUACGCAAACAUCAGCAAGGCUGGAGCGCUGCUGGGGUGGGCGCCCAGGACGGGGAUAGAGGAGGGACUGAGGCACCUGGUGCAAUGGUACAAGGAGACGGAGGGGCAUGAGCAGUUUUUGCGGGAGGGAGAUUUUCAUAUCAACGAUUGA